AUCCAAUUCAAUAUUCUGAGAGGACACAGUGACACUGUGAGCUCCUGUCACUUCUGCUUUGGAGACACAAAAAUACUGUCAUGCUCUUAUGAUAAAACAGUGAAGCUCUGGGAUGUUGAUAAAGGUGUUCCUAUUCACGUUUUUGAAGAACAGCACACUGCCCCAAUUUCUGAGUGCAGCUUGACUCCUGAUGACAGAAGAAUGGUAACGUCGUCAUAUGAUAACACUGUCAAGGUUUGGGAUAUGGAAACAGGAAAAAUACUUUGGACAGCGGAACAUGAUGGCAUUGUAACUUCAUGUAACAUUUCUUGUGAUGGUAGAUAUGUGGUAUCUAGUUCUGACAGAGAAAUUGCCAUACAUAUUUUUGAUUCAGUAAGUACAACAGUAGUGGCACAUAUCCGAGGUCAUCACAAAAGUACAAUCACAAGAUGUUGUUUUGAUCCUGAUAACCAGAGAGUGACUUCAGUAUCAUAUGAUAAGACCAUAAAGCUAUGGGAUAUGCUAACACGAUCCACCUCAAUUACAAUUAACAAGGGACACAGCAAUGCUAUCUCAGAUUGCUGCUUUACUUCUCAUGGUCAUCACUUGUGCACAGCAUCCUGGGACAGAAGCUUAAAAAUAUGGGAUAUAAAGAAAGGAGAAUUUCAGUGUCAUGAACCUGUUUCCUUGUACGAAGGACAUGAAGGUUCUGUUAGUUCCUGCGUUUUUAGCCAAGAUGCAUCCCUUGUCGUGUCUGGUGGAUAUGACAAAGCUGUAGCUAUAUGGGAUACAGAUGCAGGCUAUAAAAAGCUAAGCUUAAAGGGUCAUUGGGACUGGGUGACAGAUGUUGCUAUCAGCAGAAACAAGAAAUGGAUUCUUUCAGCCUCAAAGGAUUCUACUUUGCGAUUGUGGAAUGUUGAGAAGAUGGAUGACGUUCCUUCAGUGACAGACAUCAGAAAAGAAAGAGGCUCAAACAUUGCUCAGUGUGAAGAAUGUGAAAGACCUUUCUUGUGCCUGCAACGUAGUGACUCUGAAAUGAUAUCCAAGUGUGUCUUCUGUCGUCUGUCUUCUCCACUGAGAAAAAUUUUGCCAUUGCCACAUUCUGUUUCUUGUGAUCUUUAA